CGCACUCACAGUUUCGCUGGAGUCUUGAAUGCAGCUGAUGAUGUGGAGGAAAUAACGGUGCCAGCUUCACCAUUGCUUGGCUUAAAAUGUAUUUUAUUCUGUAUAUUGCACUGAGCGUCGUAGAUAUUUGAUUUUUCGUUUAUUUUCAUUUCAUCGAUCGUUGUGUUUUGAAGUUUAAGCGCCAGGAAACACAACAAAGCUGGAGUCGGGCUAAAUUGUGCUAGCAUUUGCUAAAGCAGUGGACGCUCUGCUGCAGCCACCUGGCAGCUUCGAAGAAAGAUUUUUAUAGUUUCCUUUUAGCCGGAGUAUUUUUUUUUAUGUUUAACGUGUUGAUGUUGUACCUUUUUGGACUUGAUGGACUGGGUUACAUGUGAGCUAAAUUGAUGAAUCGUUUCAAAGCAGGCAGAGUCAAACUACAGAGGAGAUGACUCGACUUUGGAAGAGAGAUAUACCCCUGUCCCAGAGAUUAGGUAAUGACUCGCUGACUGCUCUGGCCCCGGGGCCCCCAGCCACUGUAACUCCAAAGGGCUCCAACACGUCAUGGGUCCCAGAAGCCCCUGUGGUCACCCCAGAGGAGCCCUUCUUCCUCAUGACCUCCACAGCUCAGACCAUCUCAGGAGUCUUUGUGUGGACCGCUCUACUCAUCACGUGUCAUCAGAUCUAUAUGCACCUGCGCUAUUACAGCUCUCCCAAUGAACAGAGGCACAUCGUGAGGGUCCUCUUCAUUGUCCCCAUCUACGCCUUUGACUCCUGGCUCAGUCUCCUCUUCUUCACCAAUGAAGAGUACUAUGUCUACUUUGACACAGUCCGAGAUUGUUACGAAGCUUUUGUCAUCUACAACUUCCUCAGUCUGUGUUAUGAGUACCUCGGAGGGGAAAGUGCAAUCAUGGCAGAAAUCCGAGGAAAGCCCAUUGAGUCCAGCUGUAUGUACGGGACGUGCUGUUUGUGGGGAAAGACGUAUUCUAUUGGUUUUCUCAGGUUUUGCAAGCAGGCUACUCUUCAGUUCUGUGUGGUCAAACCUUUGAUGGCCAUGAUUACCGUCAUCCUGCAAGCUUUUGGGAAGUACAGAGAUGGGUACUUCAGUGUGAACAGUGGCUACCUGUAUGUGACCAUCAUCUACAACAUCUCCGUCAGUCUGUCACUCUAUGCUCUGUUCCUCUUCUUCGCCACACGGGAACUGCUCAUCCCGUACAGUCCAGUGCUCAAAUUCUUCAUGGUUAAGUCCGUGAUCUUCCUCUCCUUUUGGCAAGGGAUGCUCUUGGCCAUCAUGGAAAAGUGCGGUGCCAUCCCUGAGAUUAAUUCUGCUGACGUCUCAGUCGGAGAGGGGACUGUUGCCGCGGGAUACCAGAACUUCAUCAUCUGCAUUGAGAUGUUCUUUGCUGCUGUCGCUCUGCGCCACGCUUUUACCUACAAGGUGUACAUGGACAAGAGACUGGACUCCUACGGUCGCUGUGCUCCGAUGAAGAGCAUCUCCAGUAGUCUGAAGGAGACCAUGAACCCAGGAGACAUGGUGCAAGACGCUAUCCACAACUUCUCCCCGGCCUAUCAGCAGUACACACAACAGUCCACUCUGGAGAGGAGUGGGGGUCCGCCCCUGUCCCGCAGCCAUAGCAACAUCAGCACCAGAGGAGACAAUGAGAAGACCCUGCUGCUCAGUUCAGAUGAUGAGUUUUAACAUUCAACAGAUCCUUUAUCUAAAACAGAUGUGCGAGGCAAAUCAGGACUUUGUGCUAUAUGCUUAUACUUUAGGAAAGUGGAAAAUGAAAUCAGGGAGUAUUGUUAGUAUGUGAUGAUGAAGAGGUGUCAGGAUGUCAGGGUGAGUUCAGAGUGCUUUGCUUAUAUUAAGGCCAAUACUCACUAUUGAUGAUCCUUACUUUGAUAACUGUGCCUGUUACUCCGCUACACAGUUCCUUACACAAGAAUUCUAAGUGCCAUCUUUUUGUGUGAUGCUUGGCCUUUAUCGCUUUGAUACUAACUUAGUCCACACACUUCUCUCCCUUUGCCAAGUCUGCCUCUGAUUUGAACAUUGCCAAAUUAAGGGCCAGGAAUUGCUGCUCUUUAAUGAAACGCACUGCUUAGAGAUUUACAUUAAAUUUAAGUCUUAUUGGCUGUCAAACUACUUGACUUAAUUAAGUUUAAAGAUUUAUAUUAUGCAUUAUUUUAUGUUGCAAUGUGUACAACCUUUAAGGUACAAAUGAGUUGGAAAGUUCUUAUUCCAGAAUGUGGAAGAUGUUCCGUUAAAGAUGCUGUCAUUUAGUCGUGAGUUUUUUCAGAGUUAGUUAGUUUGUGUUUUGUUUGCACUGAAGGAACAGCUGUUGCACAGAUUUUCGAACAGGGGCCAAAGCUGCUGGAGGACAACGCCCACGCACGUUACAGAUUACAGAUUAGGGAGAAGCAACACGUCGUUCCAAAGGCUGUACAGCUGUGGUGAGCAGCCCCAGGGGAUUGUAAUCUCAUCACCAUUUACAGAUCACAGCUACCUCUGCUGGUCGACUUCUACAAUGACACUAUGUUGUGUAGAUUUACUGUUUAACUAAAGACCAUGAGGAGAUGGUCUGGCAUGGUCUUUGCUCUUUCUCUAAAUAGCAAAAUGGGAAUGUAUUAAAUUGUAGCUAUUUUAAAGUGAUAUCUGAGCUUUUAGCUGCUUCAGUCAGUCUCUAUAGUGGUGUUACCAGAAGCAAAAGAAAGUAGCCCCAACAAAUCGUUCCAUCUUUUCCAAUGCUGCCUUUGCUGUAUCCCACCAUGUUUUAUCUGUUGUGGUUAAGAUCAAACCUGUAUUAGAAAAUUGUGAUGAAUAAAUGCCAAUUGUACAUUUAAUAAUGAUUACAAAACAAACACUGUCUUUUCGUUUUGGGUAGGCAGCUCAAUAAUUGAACACAUGUAAAUUAUUUCAGGUUAUGUUGACUUUAAAAACAGCUUCCUUAGAAACACUUUUCCCCUAAAUCACUGCUUUUUAAACUUUUUUUUCUAUUUAAAAUGCUAUUAAAUAGUUUUGAUACUUAAACUGAUAGAAAUGCUGUAAUAUCAAAGCUGACAAUAUUUAACCGUAAAAUAUUCUAUAAAAUUGUUGUACAUAGAUUUACACUUAUGAAAUGUGAAUUCUGAUUGUAUGACCUGGUGCGUGCAGUGUGUCCCUUUGACGUUUUCAUAUUAAUUGCAGUCUCGCUUUGUUGAAUGCAUUUGUAUAUUUGGUAUAUUGUUCAGGGUUUGAUGCUCUAUAUCUUAUGUUGGCAGUAGAAAAAGGUAAUAAAAAUCAGUUCAAAGUUA